CACAUGUGUCAAACUCAAGGCCCGCGGGCCAGAUGUGGCCCGCCACGGCAUUUUAUGUGGCCCGCGAGUGCUUAAUUGGUCUUAAAAUCUGUCUUAAAAUAGGUCUAUGCUGCUUUAAAGCGUGCAUUGACCAUAAACUACAUUUCCCACAAUGCAUGGUGAUUGUUACCCGCGAAGUGACGGCAUCCCGCCACUAGAUCGCAGGUGUUUAAUUAAUGCUACAAGUGAAAUUGAGAAUAUCCGCAAAUGAUCCCGAAAUGUCCAGGAAGAGAAAGAUUGAUGCAGAUGGAAGGCAGUUUCAAGAAAGAUGGGAAGGCGAAUACAUGUUUGUGCUUCAAGGAGAAAAACCGGUAUGUCUUUUGUGUUAUGAGGCGGUGUCGGUCGUCAAAGAGUACAAUCUACGUCGACACUUUGACACCAAACACGGAGCCAAGUAUGCCAAAGUUAGCCUUCAUGAAAAACAACAAAUUGUCAAAGAACUAAAAGGCAAACUGCGAUCGCAGCAGAAUUUGUUCACCAAAGCCACAACCAAAAACGAUGCAGCAGUGAAAGCUAGCUUUAUGGUGGCUGAAGAAAUCGCCCGCGCUUCAAAGUCUUUUUCAGAGGGUGCAUUUUUGAAGCAGUGCAUGCUGAAGGUGUGUGAGCAGGUGUGCCCCGACCAGAUACAGACUUUUAAAAAUGUCAGUUUGUCAAGAAACACCAUUGCGGACCGAGUCAAGGAGCUAGCAGCAAACCUGUCAACACAGCUGGCCGAAGAGUCACGCAGUUACACCGCUUUUUCAUUAGCGGUUGAUGAAAGCACAGACAACACGGAUAUGGCACAGCUAUCCAUUUUUAUUAGAGGCGUGAAGUCGGACCUCUCUGUCACCGAGGAGCUCUUGGAUGCAGCUGCCAUGCAUGGGACCACAACGGGACGGGACAUUUAUGAUGCGGUGGAGAAGUCCGUAAGUAAAACUGGAUUGCCCUGGGAAAAGUUGGUGGGAUUAACUACAGAUGGUGCACCUGCAAUGUGUGGAGGAAAAGCGGGCUUGGUUGGACUAAUGAAGGAGAAAAUGCAAAAAAGUAACUGUCACACGCCUCUGAUAACGUAUCAUUGCAUUAUCCAUCAAGAAGCUUUGUGUGGAAAGGUGCUGGGGAUGGAUGAUAUAAUGACCACGGUCAUGAAAACAGUGAACUUCAUUCAGGCGCGUGGCCUGAAUCACCGCCAGUUCCAGCUGUUCUUGCAGGAGAUGGGCUCGGAGUACGGAGACGUGCCGUACCAUACAGAAGUGAGGUGGCUGAGUAGGAGCAAAAUCCUCAAACGAUUUUUUGAGCUUAGGGAAGAUAUUGCUCUUUUCAUGCAGAGUAAAGGAAAACCCUUGUCCGAACUGUCAGAUCCAAACUGGCUGUGUGAUUUUGCUAUGUUAUGUGACGUAACUGAGCAUCUCGCCCAACUGAAUCAGAAGCUGCAGGGACGCAAACAAGUCAUCACGCAGAUGUCCGACAUGAUCACAUGUUUCCAGCGUAAACUUGACCUAUGGAAGUGCCAAGUGGAACAGGACAAUCUUGCCCACUUUUCUGUUUGUCAGAGCAUCUCAGCCUCAGUUCCCGAUGCUUUUUCAUGUGCCCGGUUGGCUACCAAACUGAGCCGGUUAAUGAAUGAGUUUGAUUGGCGCUUUUCUGACUUCAAAGCACAGCACUCGGGCUUUGCCAUCUUUGCCAGUCCUUUCACCACCGACGUCAGCAGUGCACCCCAACACCUUCAGCUGGAGUUAAUCGAGCUUCAAAGCGACAGUGGCCUGAGAGCAAAGUUCCAGGAUGCUGCAAUUGAGGACUUUUACCGUCUACUGCCCCCUGGUGUGAUGCCACAGCUUCGACUUCAUGCUGCCCGUGUUCUGUCUAUGUUUGGGAGCACCUAUCUGUGCGAACAGAUGUUUUCAAUAAUGAAUCUAAACAAAACCAAGCACAGAUCACGCAUCACUGAUGACAACCUCCACGCUGUUUUACGGAUUGCCACAGCACAAGAGCUAAAACCAGACAUUGACACACUGGCCAAAGGAAAACGGUGUCAGACAUCUGGCCAGAAAACACAUAGAACAUGAUCAAUGGAUGAGGAUGGUGGAGGGGAUCCACUUGGUGUGUUCAAGGACAGGGAGCAUAUCCUCAUCAUUUUCAACUCAUAGUUGUGAACUGAGACAACCCUAUUUUAUUAUUUUGAGUUUAUUACAUAUACUGCUUUUUGUGUAGUAAUGUAUUUGUUGUUUACAGGUUUAUGCAGACAAAUGUUUACUCCUGCAAGGCUGUGUGCAGCCAUUUGUUUUUGUAAAAUGCUACAUCUGUCACACAUGUUCUUAGCAGCUCACUAUAGUUGGUUGUACGUUAUUCUGACCCUCUCGACUGUGACAAAAUUUUUUUGAAGAAAGUUAAUGUCUUAACUUGUGUUUUAAUAUUUUUCUGUGAAUAGUUUGAUCAUUGAUAAAUAAAGUAAUGUGGGUUUCUUAACCUGAUAAAUUAAAAGGAUUUAUGUUAUAGUAACAGAGCAACAAGCAAACACUUUUUUUUACAUCUAUGCAAAUGCAUAUGUAAUAUUUGUAACUUUAAGUAAUAAAUACAGAAAGUUAUUUAACAAUAUAUUACGGAGUAGUUACAUUUAUUUUACAUUAUAUUUGGUGACAUUUAGUUACAUUUAUACUGUCUUACAGUUACAUCUGGCCCUUUGAGGGCAACCAUUAUGCUGAUGUGGCCCUCGGUAAAAAUGAGUUUGACACCCCUGU